AGCAUGAACCUAAACGAAAAUGUAACACAUUUCUAUUCAUCAUUAUUGAAUUGCAAAUAAGUAGUGAGCAUCGUACGUCGAUUGUAUCUUAGUAUUUUCCCGAUACUACAACAACCGUGUCACACUCGACGCAAAAUUACUCUAUCAAAAACGACAGAACUCGAUGUGACAUUUACCGAAUCGAAUUUUUAGCCAAAUCGAUAAAAGCAUAUUUAUUUUUGGUCGGGUGCAAAAAUAAAAAAAAAACAUUCUUCAACUACAUUUAAUUUACUGUUCGAACUGAAAGCGGUGACAACUACAAACAAAGCCAAAUUCCGUAUAUAUGUAUACAUGAAAAGGUAGAGUAAAGUGUGCAAAAGCAACAGCUAGUUUAUUAAUGAUCAUUGUGAACGUGGAAAUUACCGACCAACCGAACGAAAGAAGAAAAAAAAAAACACACGGACUCAAGUGAAUCGAAUCAUAUUAAAGGGAACGAGUCGAUUCUGCGGAGCGACAAGAUAAGUGAAUUUUUCGGACAGUGCUUAAAGUAUUUGUAUCAAUUAACUGCAACAACAAAACCAAAUUGAACUGGAAAAGCAUUUAUAAAUUGAAACAGAAAAAAAAUCCGGACAAAUCCAUUACGUUACGGUGGAAAGAGGAUGCUCAUAUCGACCAUUUUAUGUGAGUAUUGAUUGAAAAUAAAACGAUUUUGGUUUCAAUAUAAGCGAAUAAGGACUUUUCCCCAGCGACAUUUGCGGUUUUAUGGUGAAUUUAAUUAAAAUAUCAAUCUCUUAACGAUUGGCCGACGCCAGAUACAUCACGUGAAUGCUGCGAAACAUUUCAAAUGCACUUGAAAUUUAUUGCCAUGCAUUUCGAACAGCAUUUAUUUAAUAUUUAUUGAAUAUGUAAUCGAAACGGGGAAAAUUCGAUGAAUGAAAAAUUUGGCAGAAAGAAGGUGGUGGAAAAGAGAAAAAGAGAGAUGAAAGAAUAUGUUUGAUAGGUGAUUAAAUUGAUUGGUAUUUCCUACCAUCAGUUACUGAAUCACUAUCGCAUAACGACACGCGUCUCCCCCUCACCAUCAUCUGGUUUACAGAAUGGGCCGCAAUAAAUAUUCGAUUGAGAAUAAAGUCGAACAUCGUGAAGUAAUCGAGUGUGUCGAUAAAAGUUGCAAAACGAUUACAAUGUCGCCAUUCAAUUUUCCGUAACACUUCCGAUAGUGUGCCAAAGUAUUGUUAUCGAAAAUCAAUCAUUCGUGUGAGCGCAAAAAAAUCAAUGAUAAAACGUAAAAUAAGCACCAAGCGGACAAUGAAAAUAAGGCAGACUCGUUUAAAAAAAAAAGGAUAUUGUCAAGAAACUCGACCAAACGCCACACACUGAAAAUACAAAAUGAGAAGAAGGGCGAGUUAGGAAAGGGCAUUCAAUUGAAAAAUGCGUCAAAUGCUAUAUCAAUACACAGUGUCAUCAAACAUAUUGAACACGUGAUUUAUUCGCUUAAAAUAUCACAAUUUAAUAGUUGAUUACCUCAAAGUAAAAUGAAACGGUUUUCAUAGGACAAAGUGAUAAGAUAGCAAUUCCGUCAGAUUGUUGAUUUGGGCCCGGUUUGACGCCAUGCCUAGCAAUAAGAAUACAAUUCAGCAAAUUUCGUAAAGACAUGUUCGCCCUAUCUCGAUCUUUUGAGUUCCCGUCUCUGUCGCAUCAUAGGUGCUGAAAUCGGUUUCUCUCCUUUUCCCGUUUGUUUUUCAUUGUUUUUGCGCCAGCGUCUCCAUACACUAUUCAUUGUGGCCAUAAAUUGUUGAGGCACUGCGCUUAUUUCUUAUCGCAACUUCUUUUGUUGAUGAAUUGCUAUGAUAUAGAAACGCAGGCUUUUUUUUCAUUCCAUUUCGGAGGUUUGUUUUUAGUAGUCGUUAAAUAAUUCAAUUCACACUUGAUAUUGUGUAUACAAUCGCAAUCGAAUGUUUGUAAAAUUGUUAGCAAAAAACGACAGAGGAGAUUUCGUUGCAAGACAACAAAAAACGAAAUAAACGUGUCUGUCUCGAAUACAUUCAGAGAUAACAUCCGCUUUCUUCGAUAAAAAUUGAUAACUUUUUUUUUGAUGUAUAAUUGUUUGUACAAAUAUCAGUUAGGAUUAGAAACAUUGUUUGGCUAUUGAAAUUGACAGCGCCACCUGAAACCAAAUCGAGAGCUACUCUAUGAUAGUAGCGGCAAGGUCAAUCUAAGUCAAAAUGAAACCGUGUCUUAAGUGGAAUCGAGAAAGCGUCUUUGUUUUCGAACUGCUAGCAACAAUGUUGUUGCGUCGAAGUGAGGUUUUCCAAAGCAAUUUUCGAAAUGUUGUAGUUUCCAUCGAAUAAGCUGCAAUUGGAUGCAACAAUUCUAUCGCUCACUUAUUGUGAGCUUAUCUACUUGAUUUGUAUAAGUAACAAAUCAGAAGAUUCCAUCGCUUAUUAUGGCACAUGGUUCAUAUGAUACAAAGAGGUGACGCUAUUUAAAUCUCAAAAUAGACCUAAACAAAAUCCAAACAAUGUUGCAAAUAUAUGGUGACAAUGUGUGUUGUGCAAUUUCAAUUCUAAUCUUCAAAUCAUUAGUUCAGUUUACUUAUUCAAUCGGAACGCGUUGAUUCCGAAUAGGAGCAUUCAUUGAAUUGGGCGAUCCUUUUGUCUAUGUGCAGUGCAUCCGCAUAUUUUUUUUUUGUUGGCAUACAUCCGCAUUUCAUAAUUCGUCAAGUCCCGUCAAUAUGUUGUUUCUUUGCUGUGAUUGAGCCUGAAACCUUCACAGUCGUUGAAUCACAACGAGUUUUUGAAAUGCGAUGCACAAGCCAUGUCAUGCGAUUUUGACAAAUUGGGAAGAAAUUUCGGAAUCGAAUCAAGAUAUACCAAGGCCAAAAUAUGCCUUUAAUUUUCUGUGUGCUGAAUAAUAGACUUUUUGCAAGCUUCAGUGAUUGAGUUGUACGCCUGUCAAGCGAUAAUAAUGCGAUCUCCACAAAAGAUGAUUGAUAACCACAUAGCCGAAACAGAAAAAUCCAAUUUCACAUGUGAAACGACCAACGAAUUACGACGAAAAAAGAGAAGAUGAACAGCAUAGACGCAUCGAGUUUCCUCCGAAUAAUGAAUAUGUAAAUGCAAAUCGGGACGGUCAAAUAUCAAAAUAGCAAACAGAUAUUUGCUAAUUUCGUUUCCACAAUUCAUCAUCACGACGUAUAAUUUGGAAGAUGACAUUCACUUGAUAUGUUUGUAUUUUUUUGCCAUUUUCUCGUGCAACAGCCGAUAAACAAACAGCGUCGCUAUCAACACCGGAUGCACGUCUUUCUUUUCGUUUCUAUUUCAAUUUAUGUCUCUAAACAGCGCAAAUAAAAAUGGAAAAAAAAAGAAACAACAACAAACCGAAGCACAACACAGCACAGCAUACAGUGUGAAGCACACUGAAUGGCCGCAGCGGAGAUUACAAUUAAACCGUUAGCGGUGUAUCGUUGUGUGCGGCAUGCAUUGAGGUGCAUAAAUUCAAAUAAGUAAUAGCUCCGUAAUCAGUGUGAGUUUGUGUGCUUUUCUCACUUACCAUCUCCUUCGCUCGCACGCGAUUGCAUGUUCAUUGUUAUUGAUUUACGGACAGAAUCGAAUUGAUGCCAUUAAACACAUGAACAGUCCGAACAUUUUUACUUAUCGCCGUGUGUUGUUUUGUUGCUGUUGCCAUAUGAAAUGGCCACUAAAAAAAUACAAAUGCAUUAAUUUUGCGUCCAAUUGCCAUCCCUUUCGCGCUCACCGUCGUGGUUGUCGCUGUCGUCGUCGUCACAGCAGUAACAAACGCAAAGUCGCUCACAUUUCUUGCCAUUUCGAUUCGUUUCGAUUCAGAAAACAUUGUACUUGCCGCACAUUUGCAAGUAAACAUUCACUGGAUGCGACGUGAAUAUUUUGUCGGUUUGUGUAAUGAGUAUAUAUCGACGAUUUUCGCGCAUCACACUUAACCCUGACAUCAAUUUUGACCAUUUGAUAUUUAUUUUUGCUUUGAAAUAAUUUUGAUUACGAUAUGAAAUAAUGAUUUAGUUGAUUUGAUUGUCGGCCGCCGCAUAUUUCUCUAUCUAUCUACUGCAGAAGCCGUAAGCAUCAGCCACUGAUCGCGCUCAAUCACAUCUAUUUGUUGUUAUUGCGUACAAGAUGCAAACUGUACAAAAUCAAUAUCUAAUCAAGUUGCGGCGAUGAUGUUUUACAUCAUGAUUUCAUUAUUUUUCUAUGUCAAGCUUGACAAUCGGCUGCAGCUUCUCGAAAACUAUUUUCGGUGCUUGCUUCGAAAUAUCAGCCGUAGCCGAGGAACGCAAACAGAAAAAUAAACUAUUCGAGAGAGCUUAUGGAGGCAAAUCGUUUAAUUAAAAUGUAGCGAGCGCAUGAAUUUAGCGAAAGAUUUUUCUUGAUAUUUCAAUGCAUUUCGGCGGUCAGAGCAACAAAUGUUGACAUUUAAUUUAUUUUAAUGGGUUUCACCGUGCCACAGCUGGGCUCUGUGCUAAAGCGUAUGGCAUUCAUUCAUUUUCAUCAAGCGACUUUCGUACGCAUUUAUUUAAUCGAUGUAUUAAGUCCUCACAUAUUUAUGAAAUAAAUCCACCAGUUUGAUUCGCCUCAUUAAACGCUUCGCAUAAUUAAAUGGCUUGAAUUCUCAGUGCUCGGUUGUGUGUGUGUGUGUAUGUGUAUGUCGGUUUUGAGCUGCAAAUAGAAUGAGAGAAAAAAAGCCCGUCGCAACAAAGUUUCAUAGAGCCGUAUUCGCACUACAUCAGCGUCUUUUUCUAACGGCGAUCCAAUGACAUCCACUUCUCAAUCAACUAUUUUGAAGGCAUUCGGAUUUGCGUAAUUCUAUUCAUUUUUUUUCGGUUUUGUUUUGUUUCAAACGCUUUUUUUCUCGAUGCAAACACAUCGAAAGGCCGAGAACAACGAGAAUCUCUAACGCAAUUAUGCUUAAGAUCAACACACUGUUUUUUGCACGUAAUUUUAUUUUAUAUUCAGAAAAUCGAGGCAAUUUUAGUUGACAAACUCGCGAUCGAAUCAAUUGAAAACGACACAGAAUCGCAAUCGUUUUUGAAAUUCUGUACAGAACCGCAUUAAAAUAUUAAUGAAAAAUGAAGAACGUGUGCGUUCCAUUUUUACCGAUUUUUAUAGCGUGCAUUUGUGAAUAAAGUAAACCACGAUAUACAGAACAUAAAAUCCGGCUUCAUUCACGUUAAAUAAAAUUCGCUAAAUUUAGAUGAAUUCGUUGAAUAAAACCGAAAAUAAAUAAUUAGACAAAUUAAUUUCUUUAUUUGUGUAUCGUAUCGGUUUUCAUCAGACGCUACAUCUUCUCCAUCGCAUGUAAAACAACCGUAUUUCGCAGUCGGUUUGUUUGUUCGGCCAUCCGUUAGUUUUGUGCAAUAAAUCGCUAUACAUACAUUUUUUUUCGGCCGCCAAACAAAUCGUCAGAUCAGCCGAGGUAGAUUUGAGAUUUGUAUACAAAUAGUGACGCAAAUUAGGGAAAUUCUCAUUUAUGUUCGACUGUUGUGUUGCCACUGGAAACAAGCCGAGUGAAUUUUAUUCAAAAACGAAUGCGAUUCAUAAAUUAAAAGAAUAUCUAUUUUUCAUUUCUUCUUCUGCAACAUCUCCGAGCGGAACAUCUUGGCGACAAAAUAUUCAUUCCUAAGAUAAAUGUAGGUCUUUAGAGGAAUGUAAUGAAAUAAAAAGUCGCGUGGGUGGUAGGAAGCAGCGAGAAAAAUUGAGACAACCAAAAUGAAAACAUUGUUGAAAUGCGUUGGAUUUCUUUAUUGUUUUCACUAGUGUGUCAUUUUUAUUCAACUGGGGAGAAGCAGAAGGAAAAAGAAAUCAAUUUUUAUGUUUUCCAAGGAUGGGAGAGUCUCUCGGAAGUCGAAAGUAUUUUAAUCUCGUAUCUAAAAACAUCAAACACUCUAUCUCAAAAUAUCGAAAUGUUGGACGAGCUAUGAAAUUCUGUGCACUAAUUUUUUUUCGUCAUCGUCGAAACUGUCACAAAUGCCACAUCGAACGGAGUUGUUUUGUGGUUGAAAGUGAAAUGUGCGUGAAAAAGUUCUGUCGACACCAAGCCGUUUAAACCAAAAUACAGGUUUUUGAUAGUAUACAAUAGAUCGUUUGCUUAUUGUAUGUUCAAAGCAAACAAACGACCGAACGAAACCGCAGCAAAUCGGUCAUUUGUGUUCCCUGUGCAAAUAUUUGCUCUGUUAUGUGCUGUGCUAAUAAUGGAAUUAUUCAUUAGAAAUGCGAGCCAACUGAAUGUUUAUCUCCCCAGUGGAUUAUUUGAUUGCAAAAUGAUCAAGGAAUGUACAUUCAUUUGUCACAAUUUCCGUGGGCAAUACCACGUGAACUUUUUCUUUUGAACCAAAUCGGAGUUUUCCUAGACGAAACAACGGGUUCAGUAGCGAUCACAACACCAUUUUUGGUCAUUUCAAAGAAAUUUUAGACACGUUUUCAUCCAUUCGAUAACCGUAAGCAUGAACACACACAGCGCAACUGUUUUCACAGUCGCCGGUUCAAGAACUUCGUUUCUUCUCCUGACUGAAUGGAUUGUUCUGAAAUAUUUGCGAAAUGGAAUUAUUCAAAGCUCUUUUGUGAGUUCACCCCAUAUACGAAGAGAAUGUGCUGCAAAAUAUCAGACGAAAUAAUGAAAAUAAGCCACUGAUAUCACUGUGCGAACACUAUAUCGUUAAUAUUCAUGAAAUGUUGUCGUCGACGAUGUGUUCGGGAGAAAAUGCGCAAAAGAAUGUGAACUGCCAAAAGGAUUCGGUGAACGAGAAAAAAGAAAACAAAACAGAAGACUCACGCUUCGGCUAGCACUCGAAUUUCCUACAUAUUCAUUUGUUUCGGGUGUUCUAGUGUGUUAUUUUCCAUGAAAAUGUCAUUCAGUGCUGUCGGCUAUUUGGAAUGUGUGUAGCUGGUAGAAUAAAUAUCAUUGAGUAUUGCGAUUCACGUGGUACGUGAUAAAGAGCUUAUGAGUAUGCGAAUUUUCACGUGCAAAAAUAUUCCGACCACUUUUUUCCCUGUCAUCUCUUUCACUGUGUGUGUGUGUGAAGGCGCCCCAACCGACGGCAAUUGUGGCGUGCAUGGUGUGCGAUAAGUUUUGCACCUCAUAUAUUUGCAUAAAAAACUUUUAACAACUGAAUUCAAUUCGUAAAGUAUUACUUGGACCCCGUUUCGUUUGUUUACAAUCGCAAAUCGUUUACUUUAAAUUCCAAAUCGGAUGAAGUUUUUUGAAUAACAGAUUUCCGUUCAUGUUCCACCCAACGCUGCCAUUAUUAUCAUUCCAUCUCUUCGAAAAUUCUACAUCGUUAUUAAGUUCGUCUUUGCGAACAAUUUCGGUGUAAUUUAUUCGCCAUCGUUCACAAGGACAUUCAAUGCAAAACAAUGACAAAAAGUAUUCCACGACCAAGAAUUCCGUGGAAGGAUGAAAAAAAAAUGGAUAUGUUGAUAAAGUUUAACGUUUGGCCUUACGUGCAAUUUGAGAUACUUUGCAAACGAACACAUUAUGAAAUCGUAAUUCGAUGCGAUGCCACACGUCGACGUCGACCAAAUUGCAAGUUUGAGAAAAUUGAUGUUGACGACUGGAAAAGAAAUAAUACACAACACAUGAUGAAAUGAUAUGAUUACGCAAGACGAAUUGAAAAAUAUUUCAAAUUACGCAUACGAAAUCACUCUUGAUGGCGCGAAUCAUCAUCGCCAAAAAAAAGCCAAUUACAUUAACCCAACAUCUUGCGAGCUGAAGAUGCAAGCAGAGCGAAUGCGCGUAUUUUUUUCUCGAUGAAUAUCCAUUGUGACGAAUUCUCAUUUACUAUUUUUAGGUCUAUCUUAGUGAAAUCUCUGACUCGCUUAAGUUCUUAAAAUACACUGCAUCAAAUUGAAAAGAAUAGAGCGAAAAAUAAAUCGCUUUUAAAGGCAGCGUACAGUCGACUGAAAAUGAUGAAUUACAAUGAUGCUCGUACAAAGAUGUGUCUGCUUGCAUUCGGUCCAAAAUAAUCGAAAUUCAACGAGUAAUGACGUAAAUAAACACAUAACGCGAUAGCAUACUGUCAAUAACGUCACAGUAUUGGCUUAGUGAUGAAAAAAAAAUGUUUGUGUGUUAAUCCUUUAGCCAUUUUAGUUAUGGUGAAGCGGGGACAGCGCGCCUGAUGAGUACAUCUCGUUGAUUUACUCACACUCUCCCUUUUUUGCACUCAAUUGAACACAAAACCCACGCAAAGCGCACAUAAUUUCUCAGCCGUACGCCAACCCAUAAUACAAUCACGUGGAGUCGAAUUACGAACGCGAGUCCUUCUCAAUGUAACACAAACACACACACGCACAUAUACACACCACACACUCCAUCCAACUAACCAUCCAUCCAUCCACCGAAUGCAUAACAAAUAUUAAUGACGUCAUUUGGUUUGAUUUCGUAACAAUUUCAGGAUGCCGUCGUCAUCGACGGCACAACAACAACAACAACAACAGCAACGAUCAAAAGCACACAGCGUCACAUUUUAUCCUUUUCCGUUGUGCGCUUGCACUGGUUUGAAUAUAACCGAACGCCGUUUUUUUCUUCUUCUUCUUCUUCUUCUUCUUUGCAUUGAUUGAUGUUGUUUGUAUACAAAACGAAAUGAGACAGAAAGCUGUCGAUUCGCUAUACUCUGUUCGUAGCAUUCAGAGUGAUAGAUAUAUAUGUUUAUAUAUUGAAAGUAUAUAGUAAGUAGUAUAAGUUGCGCAAAUUGAGCGAGUGUGCUGUUUUUAUCUCAUUUUAUCCCACAGGCGCCGAAGAUGCGGCAUUCUAAAUUGAGUGUUCUGUGUGCAAAAGAGCCGACCGUACACAAGCGGAAGGCGGAUAUGUGUGCGAUUGUGUGCGGAGCGUGUGUUCGAUCCAACAAUACCAGUCGAAUGUGUAUCGAAAGCUCUGUCUUCUAACCCGACAGUGAGACAGCAACAGCAAGCACAGAUAGCUUGCACCAGUACACAGCAUUUCGAUUCUGUUGUGUUCAGUUUGCAAGCAGUUGUCAUUAAGUGUACACUAUAGUUGCGCAUUGUUUGCUCUAUCGCACUGACAACGCAGCCAAAGAUUGCGUUCAAGGUAACACACUCGACACAAAAUUCGUCAGUUGUAAAUGUGAGAAAGAGAGAAAGAGAGAAAGAGAGAGAGAGACAUAGAGCAAAAACGAACAAAACAAAAAACAAACGGCGAAAAAAUUUAAUAAUGCAAAAUAUCGAGAAUAAACGUAAAAUGCGUAACUCAAAUGAUGUGAAACGAUAAAUAUAGUUAAAGUUGUAUUCGUUCGUUUGCUAUGGAAAAUUUUGUACGUUUCACUGUGAAUUAAGACAGUUUGAUUUUUUGGUCGAUCGCAAUUGUGGCAAAAUAUUCUCUCAUCCAUCAUAUUUGUGAGUUUUGAUUUUUUUGUCUUGAUAUUACAAAAAAAAAAAAAAGAAUUAUUGUUUUAAAAGUGUUUUUACCGUCACAACGAAUUGAUUAAAAGUUAAACCACAAGGAAAUCUUAUUUCAAGGCUAUCCAAAAAAACAAAUUGUGUGCGUGUGUUUAUACUACAAAACCCACCUACGCCACACAGUGCUUGAUGCUGAUAGGACGUUAAUGCUCACGUUAAUAAAGGCUAAUUUGUUUUUGUAUCAUCAUGCUGGAAAGGGAUAAUCGACUUGUUCAAUUACGUGGUUCUUAUUUCCGGUUGUAUUCAGAAUAAGCGCUUAUUUCUAUCCAUAUAAUUGUGAAUCAAGUUCAAAUAAACAGAAAGGCAAAAAGGAUUCCUCUAAAAAGAAAUUAUUAUCUCGAUUAAGCAGGGCGAAGCCCAUUGAUUUUCCGGAAAUAUGCGGUGGUUAUGGUGAUGAUGGGGCUGUAAUUUUUUAUGAUGUACAAUCAAAAUAAUCCCUCGGUAUAUCCACUCGUGCUACAUUGUGUUGUUGCUCUUUCGUAGAAUUUGUGCUUAGAAGAGCACAUCUUUAAUUAGUAAGUUGCAGACUUCCAUCAUUCUUCGAUUUGAGUGAUAUUCGCAGGAGAAAGGGAAAUUAAAACGACAGUAAAUUGAAAUUGAUCACAGUUGUGUCACAUUCUUCAUGUGUGACAUUGGCGCAUUGUAAAGUCAUGCGGUUCUCCGAAAUCCAUAUCAACGGCAUUUAAUGCAAUUCUCAUCGAAGCAACCAAAAACCAUAUCGAGUCCAAUUUCAAUUCAAUUGUCCAAAUCGAGCACAAGCAUUGUGUUAGGCGCAUCUAAAAUGCCAGCUUCAAAACUAUUAUUGCUACAACAGAAUCACAUUAAGGAUUCUACAACGAUAAUGAGCACGAAUGCAAGUUCAACCGCUGCUGUUCCAUACAUCAAUGGACAACAAAACGGAAGCACCAAAGUGGUUCUGGUGACGAGUGAACCCAUGGAAAUUGACCAUAGCCGCAACGGCAAAACGACAACAUCAUCAAACAAUGGUACCGACGAAGAGUUAACUUCGUUGACCUGGCUACAUGAUAAGAAUCUACUUAAAGGUAUAAAUAUAUCGUGUCCUCCAAAUGUUAAGCACAUGAAUAACAAUCACUUGAAAAUAGUAACUGACAACGCAUCAACAAAGCCGCAAUCACAGCAAGCAAUGAGUAGUAAAUCGUCGAGUUCGGGUGCCGUAACGCCGACCAGUGAUUUCGUUGACGAUUCAGGUGUAUCAGAAGACAAUGCCUCUUCAGUAAAUUCGGGCUCGGAGCAAGGCAGCAGCAGCAGCAGCGGCAGCAGCAGCAUUUAUAGAAGUGUAAGGACGACACCAAAAUCGUUUGCAACGACAGGCCAUGAACGUGACAACAACACAGUUGAGAAUGAAGAUAUUGACGAUGCAAACAAUAAUACGAUCCAGAAAAAUCGUGAAAAUUCAAAUCAUAAUCAGGUGCCGCCCGCCGCAAACAUUAUUCACCUAAGCCCCAGCGGUAGUUCGGUUGUCGAAUACAAAACACUGUCGAAUUUACCGCAAAAGUCAACUAUCAUACCAAAUACAUCGUCUCCAUUAAGCAACUCAAAUCCAGUGAUCGUGUCAACAAACAAUGGCACUACCGCAAAUGGCGCUACCAAUGUUAUCAAAGCCAUUUCCACACAACAAUCGAGCAUACACUCAUCCACGUUGUCCGCAUCUACACCGCAUACACACUUCCAUAAGAAGUACAUUAAGGCCAUGAAUGCAUUGAACAGUGAUACCAUAACCACCACAUUGACGACAACUUCAAUCGCAAAUUCCAGUCAAGAAGCUCAAAUUUCGUCGCCAACAACUCUUAUGUCCAUCAGUACACCAACGACGACGAUCUACACCAUACCAAUGCAAAAGGAAUACAGCCCUGCAAAGUACGAGCAUGAAACGGUUAUUGUUGAAAACGAAUAUCCGCACUCAGCAAUAAAUUUAGUAUCGAAUACAAACCAUCGCAUUUACCAUGGCAACGAAACCGAUCGUCAUUCGGAUGAGUAUGUUACGCCGAUUAGUAGCCCAAAAUUGCAACAACAACCGGCUGCCCCACAGAAACUAUCCACUUCAACAGCACAAUCACCAAGUGGCAUAUCAUUGUCUCAAUCGACCGUUCCAUUGCCAUUGGUAUCACCAAACUCGGCGCAGAAUCAACCCAAGCCAAACAACGUUCCAUACGAUCCAUUCAUUCAUACCAACAACAAACCCCCAUUGAGCUUCAGUUCGUUGAUAUUCUUAGCGAUCGAAGAUGCUAAGGAAAAGGCACUUCCAGUGAAAGAGAUUUAUGCAUGGAUCGUUAAGCAUUACCCGUACUUCAAGACCGCACCAACUGGAUGGAAGAACAGCGUUCGUCACAAUUUAUCGCUAAACAAAUGCUUCCAGAAAGUUGAAAAGGCACCGAAUAUGGGCAAAGGUUCACUAUGGCGUGUGGAACAACAAUACAAACAAAAUUUAAUUAUUGCCUUGACUCGCUCAUCCUACCACCCAAACACAUCUGCAAUGGAAAAAGCGACAGCUUCAUUGAAAAAUACUCCAAUUUCACCGGAAAGUCCAUCACUUAAGUCGAAUAAGCGGCCAUUGGAUGCAGAGCUGUUCCCACGUUUGUCCAAAUUCAUGGCGAACAUGCAAAACGGAAAUAGUGUUAAGAUACCUGCCAGUAACAAUACCACCGAAGUCAUUUCGAACUUGAUCGCCGAUAAAAAUUACCAGAUCCACAAUGGCAAUGGCGAAUACGGUCAUGCGAACGGUGAUAGUGUGAUUGUGACCACAACGCAUGGAAUUCACACGAAUCACGAGCAUGUCAUGCAUCCGAUGGACGAACGCAAUGUUGAACGUAUUGCACGUGAUUGGGGCGUUGAUAGUAUUGAUGAUGUCAAUGCAGCUACUGCAAUGCUUGCACUUAAACAUGGACCGAAAUUCUUCUCGGAAACAUUUCAAACUGGAACGCCGAUAAUUACAACCAAACCCAGUGAGGAUCACACAUAUUCAGCCGGUGGCGGAGCCAAAUCGGGAAGUGCUGUAAAUGUUAUACCAGUUGAAACUGAGCCGAUUAUUCAUUUCAACGGCAAUAGCUCACCACCGAUUGCACCGCAUCAAGUCCAAAUCAAGUACGAUUCAAAUUCAAUGAACAAUCAUGGAACCGAAGUUAUCAUCGAUAACAGACAUCAUAGCGAUAAUAUGAGCAACGGCACAUCAUCUGAUGCAGCAUAUGAGAGCAGCGAAGAAAGUCAAAAUGAUAUAACGCGAGAAGAGGAGGAGGCUCGCCGCCACCAAGAGGGUGUGGAUGCAUUUUUAUCAUUUGCAACUGAAGUAUCAUCAAUGUCUUCGCCAUUAAAACGUCCACCAUCUGCCGAUUACGUUGAGAAUGUUUCCGUGCACAAUUUCAACAACAACAACAACAACAACAACAAUCAUUUGUUUGCAAACGGCAAUGGAAGCUAUUACUACAAUGGCGGCGUAUCGCCGUUAAAUCAACAGUUUGGCCAACCACACAUCUAUUCAUAUAUGUCAUCGCCGUCACCGCCAAAGAAAUCGCGCACCCGAACCCUACGCACCAAAUUGAAGAAGAAAACCACUUGGCUUCGAUAAAAUGGGGGAGCAACAAGCGAUUGUGUUCAGCAAGCAUUAACCUAGUUCCUUGAAAAUUGAAGAAUGAGACAUUUAUAUGGAAACUGAAUUAAAACAAAAACACAAACACUAAAAUUGCCCAACCCAAAUUGCUGCAAUUGAAAAAAAUGAAUUGAGCGCAAAGCGGGACAUACAAAUUAGAUGAUUAUAAAAAAAAAAAAUCGAGAUCGAUUCUCCGACUGAAAGCAAUGCAAAAAACCAAAAAAAAAAGAAAA